AUGUAUUUCAGAUUCUCCUACUUUGAAAACGUGAAACGCCUACUGCCCAAGUCAUUUUAUCCUCUGCUUCCACCUCAACCGACAGUGGUCAACAAAUACGACGCGAAACCUGAUUUACCUUCGGCUUCGGCAUUCUGUCAGCUUUUGGAGGCGAUCCGCACCCGGAGUCCGGGUGCCGAUGUGUUGAAAAUAGCCCAACGCGCUUCCGAUCCUCGGCGACUUCAUAGUCCGGAGAACGACAGUGAGCGUACACAGAUUGAAGCCAACGAAGAUGAAGACGCGGAACAGCAGCGUCGUAAAUUAAAUGAUGACCCCAUUGCAUCUGAUUCCGACGUGGAGGCUCCGGAGCCGAUCGGUGCUCUAAAUCCGACCAAUACACGUCCGCAUCUGACCGCUCGUCGACGUCUCCUCUACACAGAAUCAUAUGGGCGCGGAGCAAAUGCACCUGUGCAGGAGGAGGAGGAAAUCCCGGACGAUGAACGCCUCGCACAUAUCAAUCCAGAAAGACGACCAGUAACCGAUCUGUCACAUGGUGUUACCAGUUUAUCCGUUGAAUUAUUUUUCUCUGCCUUGUUUAUUGCCGGGCACAAGACUAUCAGUCAUACGUUUGCAUACAUUCGAAAGUACGCCGGUGUGAUUCGUACCAUUGCUUCGACCGUGGAGACCCAGGUUGAGGCACUGCAUGUUCUUCAGGCUGUAUGGGCAAAUCAUCCGCAAAUGAUUGUGAUCAUCACAGAACACAUGUGUCGGUGCGGGCUGCUCGAUCCGGAGGCAAUUGUCCGAUGGGCAUACUCACCGAUCAUGACUUCUUUGACGGAGAUUCCCGUGGGAUUCAAUCCGAGUGCAGCUCGCCCGAGGAUCUUGGACCCCGGCGGUCGCGAUGGAAAUGCACGAGAUGAGGACGAGGAUGAUGCGUACGAUAACGGACAUUAUAGAAACGAUCGUAAUGCUCGUUCGUCACGUCACGCGGAUCGUGCUCGUGACAAACGGUCCAAGUCCCGGUCAAAUCGUCGAGAUCUGAUGGCCGGUUGUGAAUUGGUCUCAUCCGAGGACGAGCUGAACCUGGAAGACGAAGACGCGGAAGAGGAUGAUGUGGCCGUGCUUGGCUUUGGCUCGAAAGGUCCGUCUGGAAGCCGUGUCGCGCGGCUCGAAGAGGCCCGAUGUGAGGCAGUCCGUAGCCAGUGUGCAGUGAUCACAUUGCUGUUGCAUCGACAUGCACGGCUUACGUCCGAAGUGGCUUCAGCUUUGGUGGAUGAUCAUGAACUGCUCGGGGCACCCGGCGCGCCUGGAACUGCUCCCGGAUUUCCCUACACGCCUCGAUCUAGUGCUCUGUUGCAUGAUGCUGGUCAACACUUGGGUUUAUCUAAACGAGCGUUACAACACGUAGCCUUCUGGUUAAAGGGGCGCCUGGUACAAGUUGUACUCGAGCAUUGCGACCAACUGAUUCCGUAUCUGGACAAUUUGGAUGAGUUUAUUUGCGGUUCCCAUCCCGAAGUGCAAGAUGUGUUCCAACAAUUACGAUCGCUGAAUGCCUGA